AUGAAUUCCUCAAUAACUCCUCUUGUUACGAAUUCUCCAGAAUAUAAUUCAGUUUCUGCAAAUUUCAGAACCCAAUUCCAGCGUACAUUACCCAAAAUUCAUUCAAUUUUAAAGAUCAAGAUGUCAAAUCAAUUUAUGAAUCGAUUUGAAAAUUUUAAGAAACAAAAAAUGAAUUAUAGCAAAUUGCUAUUAUAUCAUGGCACAAAAUAUUCUUGUAAUAUUAAAGAUUUGAAGAGUACCGAGAUGUUAUGUUCCCAUCUUAAAUGUGGGGUCUGUGGUAUAAUUAAAAAUGGUCCGAAGUUAACCAUGGCGAAUAAUAAUGGUAAUGGAA